AUGGCGCGGAGGAUGUCGGAGACUGCGAUGGGCGGACUGGUCGUUGCAACGAUCCUCUCCGUGCUUCUGGUGGCUGUGGCUCUACAAUCCGGACCCUUCUCCAAAGUCCGUGCGUUGGUUCCCAUGGCAUCGUUGAUGUGGUACCUGACCACCUUGGUUGCAUGUUACUGGCUACAUGCACCACUCUUAGCGGAUGGUGUGAUAGUCCCGGCAAUUUCUGAGAUGGGAAUUUCAACCAGCGGACGAUUGAUGUACAGGGUCGGCUUUGGCUUUUGUGGCUUCAUGCUGGCAAUCACCAUGGUUGUAGUCCACUCACUCUUCAGCAGGUUUCAUCCUGGUACAGGUCUGGAGUCUGGCCUUUAUUCUGGUUUGCUGGCUUCUGCGGGCAUUGCUCUGCAGGGCUUGUGCACCCUGCGAUUGACUUUCAGCGCUGAGACUGGCGCUCACUUUCUGGGCGCAGUGCUCACCAUGAUGGGCGCAUUUUCCCACGCGUCCAGCUGGAAUGACUGGUUUGAUGCCUUGCCAAAGACCUCACCAUUGUUUCGUCGAGGCUACCAGAGUUGGGGCUUACGGCUGCGAAGAGAGAUGUUGCAGCAAGCUGGUGGUCCUAGUGUGUCAGUGAUGUUUGUUAUCCCAUUGCUCUUGCAAGCUGGAAAGCGCCUGGGUUUUUUCUCGGAGAUCAAUAUUUUGGAGAAUUGCAUGGGUAUCAUGCAGUGGGCCCUGGUGGCAUGUAUUGGCCUAUUCUUCUGCUCCUAUGCCUUUGACCUUUGCUGA